AUGGGCGAUGGUCCUGGAUGCCUUCCAGUCCGUGAUUCUUCUUCCUUCCCACCAUCCUUCAACUAGUGUCUCGUCCGUGAUUCUUCUUCCUUCCCACCAUCCUUCAACUAGUGUCUCGUCCGUGAUUCUUCUUCCUUCCCACCAUCCUUCAACUAGUGUCUCGUCUUUGUAGGAGUUGAAGGGAAAAAAUGGCGAUGGUCCUGGAUGCCUUCGUCUCUCGUUUGUGUACGAGGCUAUUAACCUAUGUAGAGGAAGAGGCUGCCAAGAUCUUGGGUGUGCCCGAGGAAAUCAAGAAGCUUCAUAGGAGGUUGAAGAGAAUGCAGGCCAUUCUCGCUGAUGCAGAGAAUAGAUGCUUUGACAACAAGGCCAUCAACCUUUGGCUGAAAGAGCUGCGAGAUCUCAUGUACGAUGCAGACGACAUCAUCGAUGAAUGCCAGAUUGAGGGCGAGAAGCUUCUCAGCUCAGAUUCAUCAUCAUCUUGUUGUGGUGAGUUGGUAUGUUGUUGCUAUCCUCCUAUUUCUUGCUGGCAUGAAGGUAAAUUCCGUCAGGAGAUUGGCCACAGAAUUAGAAAUCUCAACCGUGAGCUUGAACAACUUGCCAAGGACAAAGAUGACCUCCAUCUUACGCCUGCUCCUUGUGACGACCGCUACAAGAGUAGAAUAAGCCGCAAGACAUCUCCUAUUGUUGAACCUGAUCUUGUGGGAGAGAAAAUUGAGGAUGAUACAAGGAGGUUGGCGGAUUUGCUGAUAAAGGAAGAUAAUAAAAAAAUCCAAGUGUUUGCCAUUGUUGGCAUGGGGGGGAUAGGCAAAACUACUCUUGCUCAGAACAUUUACAAUGAUAAGAACCUUCGGGACAACUUCAACCCAAAGUUAUGGAUUUGGUUGUGCGUGUCCCAAGAUUUCUUCGAGUUCGAUUUACUGAGAUCUUUCAUAAAGCAAGCUGGAGGUGAUCCUGGAGAGGCUAAGGAGAAGGAAGUGCUCGAACCCAUGCUUAGCCAAGUCAUUAUGAACAAGAAAUUCUUUCUAGUCUUGGAUGAUGUUUGGGAUGCGCAAGUUUGGGAUGCGCUACUGAGAAAGCCCUUGCAUAGUGGUUUGGCAGAUAGUAGAAUUUUGAUAACAAGUAGACAUGAAGCCAUUGCUAGACAGAUGGGAGCAGUAUACAUCCAUAGGGUGGAGAAGUUGUCUCAAGAGGAUGGUUGGUCAUUAAUUUGCAAGAUAGUGUUUGAGGAAUAUGAGGAAGGAGACAUGCAUCUGUUAAGUGAUGUCGGGAUGAGAAUUGUAGAGAAAUGUGAUGGCCUUCCACUUGCUCUUCGGAUUGUUGGAGGGGUUCUUCGAACCAAGGAGAAAAGGCAUUCAGAAUGGGAAAAAGUCCUCUCUAGUCCAGCAUGGUCUUUUACGAAACUUCCAAAAGAGGAGAUGGGCCCGUUGUACUUGAGCUAUCUGGAUUUACCACCUCCUCUGAAGCAGUGCUUCACUUCCGUUACAUUAUUUCCUGAGGACUUCCCAAUUCGUGGAGGUCCUUUUGGCAAUAGAUGUAUUGCAGAGGGCUUUGUAACAUCCGAAGACGGUACACCUUUGGAAGAUGUAGCAGAAGGGUAUUGGAAGGAGUUGGUGCAAAGGAACCUUCUACAGCCAUAUCCUCAAUAUUAUGAUGAAAAAGGUUAUAGGAUGCAUGACCUCCUGCAGUCUGUAGCUCAGCAUAUAGUAGGGGAUGAGUGCUUCGUCGGAAAUGCACGAGCAUUUGAAAACAAGAUCAUGUCCUCCUCUUCAUCAAUAAAACUACGCCGUUUAUCAAUUGUAGAUGAAAACUUAGAAACUAUACCUGACUUGAUAAUGAAACAGACAUCCUUGAGGACCCUGUCAUUCUUUCAUAUCCCACUUAUUCAUCAUCUUCCAGAAGAUCUCUUCAGAAAGCUGAGGAGUUUAAGGAUUUUGAAUUUACGUAAAACAGCCAUCAACAAUCUCCCAACUUCUUUAGGAGAUCUUGUGCACCUUAGAACUCUUGAUCUCUCUAAUAGUUCAAUAAGAGAGAUACCGGAGAGUAUAGGGAAUCUCAGAAAUCUCCAAUUUUUGAUACUCGGGGAUUGUAAAUAUUUGCACAGCCUCCCUAGCGGUGUCCUUAGGUUAAUCAAUCUAAAGGCUCUUGUUGUCGAGGAUGCACCACUUGAUGGUAUACCAAUAGGAAUAGGGAGACUGCGACAACUACAUACACUAGUAGGAUUUGUGGUGAAUGGUAGCAAGGGCUGCAGAUCUGGAGUAGGAGAAGAUGUCAGGGAGCAGGAGCACAAGAGAUAUCAACACAGGAGGUUCUGCACCUUGGAAGAGUUGAAAUCCCUCUCCCAGCUCAGGUGUAUGAGAAUGGUCAAAUUGGAGAGGGUAUCAGACAGGGCUGAAGCAAAAGCUGCAGCACUUCAAGCCAAGCCCCAUCUCAUGGUUCUAUUUCUGCAUUGCACCCUACUGAGCAGCUCUUUUGAUGUGCAGCAGCCUUGUGCAGAUGAUUACGAGGAGGAAGAUAUCAAGAGAAUAGGGGAGGUCUUCGAGGAGCUCCACCCACCGCCAUGCCUUGAAAAGCUUGAAAUCAAUGGCUACUUCGGCCGUGAGUUUCCUAGCUGGAUGAUGACACCUUCCUCGUCAUCGCUCCGCAACCUGCAAUGGCUGGAUCUCAAGAAUUGUGGUCUAUGCUGGCCACUUCCACCCUUGGGAAUGCUGCCACAACUAUGUUACCUCUCGAUUUCAGGUGCUUCUGCAGUCACGAUCAUCGGGCCUGAAUUCUUGUUGCUGGCAGGGGGUAGUGCUGGAGCAAGAGGGCGGAAUGGAAGAAAAACAAACUCUUGCUUCUCCUUCCCCAAACUAGAGACACUUGUAUUUGAAAACAUGCCUAAUUGGGAAGAAUGGUGGUGGCAGUGGGCGGAGGAGGACAACCAGACAACAUCGUUGCUACCUUCUCUUAAGAUAUUGAUCAUUAAUAGAUGUCCGAAGUUGAGGUCUCUUCCGGAGAGCCUCCUUUGUCAUGUCACCGCCCUGACGACAUUACAAAUUACACGUGCCCACAGCUUGAGAAAUAUACAAAACCUCCCCUCUCUUACAGAGUUGAUCUUGGCCCACAACUCAAGUUUGGAGAGAGUGUCCAACUUUCCUAUACUCAAACACAUAGAUGUUGAGGAUUGUGAGGAAUUGAAGGUUGUGGAGGGUGCGAAUGCCGUGGAGCACAUACAGCUCGAUGAUCGAGAAGCAGAGUCUCUCCCAGAGUGGUUAGUGGGUGCUGGUGAAGAACAACUGUGCUUCCCUUUCGUCCACAAGUUGACUCUCUCCAACAAAAUCUAUCGCCGAGGGCUGUCUGAUUGGCCUCUAAUCUGAUGGCACAUCUUGAAGCAAUCAGUUCCUCCUCUCUAUUUACAUCUGCUUUAAAAAGCAAGAGAUUACUUGCCAACUCCGUGAUACUCUGCACCAUUCUCGUCCUUUCAGAUUGAUAUCUCGGUAUAGGAUUGGCACUUUCUCCUUCAACGCCAGUAUCUCUCGUCUUCAACAACAUCAAGCAACAGCAAUAAAUGGCAUGCAAAAAGAAGUUUGAGAGGCCCAACAGACCAGCUUUAACUCCUUGUUUCAUAGCUGUGGUUCCAGCAGUGUCAUAUAUAGCACAAGCAAUUACCCAUCUACGGUAUGAAUUCUAAAAACCAUUGGUUGGAAACAUGCAUUAAUAUACAAUUAUGAGUUCAGAGACUAAAUAGGAAAGUCAAGACUAAGUCUUUCUGGUUCUCAUGCAGGCGAAGGAUUAAUGACAGCAAGAUACUGUUGUUCCAGUUCUCAUUGUUUCACAAGCUUAAACAGAAGAAUUUAGCAUUUUUUGCCUCCCACUAAGAUCAUUAUUGACAUGCCAAUGCCCACAGGUGAAUGGUGCAUCUUGGAAGAGAGAGAGAUUCUCUCCCAGCUCAAGUCCUUCAAGUAACAAAACAAUCUCCAAUGAGCUAACGUUCACUUGGGAGGAGUGGGGAAUUAGGAUGAAGAUUCUGGUAUGCUUUUGAGGAGCUCUACCCUCCACCAUGAAAAGAUCUUAGCAUCAGAGAUUUGUAAUGUUAAAGCCAUGCUUUUGAACAGAACCUCUGUUAUUAGAUAGAAACAACGUCCGUCCAGGCAUGUUGUUGGAUCGUGAUCAUCAUGCUGGAGAACUUUUUUUCGUCAACUUUGUGUUGAAAAGAUAAACUUAAUUUAAUGAAUGAUUUUUGGGAGGAUUUAUGAAUAUGUGAAGGGUCACCUUGAGAGUGGUGAUUCAUGUAUAUGUAUUUAAGUAGUUCAUGUCUUUUGGGUUUUCUAUGUGCAUUUAAGUGGUUCAAUGUACUUAGGUUUAUUCAUGUACCUAGAAGUCCUAUAAAUACCAUGUAAGUCUUAUAGUUUUGUAAGCAAGGCAAGAGCCAAAGUGAAUAGAAAAAAUCUGAAGUAUUCUU